UAUCUCUCUCCCUUUGUCCUUUUCUCACUCCCUCGAAUCCUUGUUUUUCUUUUUCUUUUUUCCCGUCGCUAGGGUUCGAUCGAACUCGUAGUUUGAUACAAAUAUCAUCUUAAACCCUCGUUAUUUCUUUGAUUCGCCAUUUUAGUUGAUUUACGAAGAUCCUCUAAUGGACGAAUCCACGCAUCAGAACCCUAAAAGAAUUAAGGAUUCCAGCGAAAGAAGAUGGGAGGACUUGCCUGUAAAUUGCUUGGUUGCUAUUUUCUCGAGACUGGGUCUCGACGAUAUGACGCUUAGCAUUCCUUUCGUAUGCAAGUUUUGGCAUGAAGCUUCUCUAGAUCCCACUUGUUGGAAGGUUUUAGACUUUCGUGUAAACAAUCCUUCGCCAGGGAGCUCUUUUGGCGAGCGGUUCAAGCAUGAGUACCAUGUAAAUAAUUAUACAUUCAGGGGUUUUUUGAAAUUUGUUGCCAAUCGCAGCCAUAGAUUAGCCACCAAGAUGAUACUUCCUGUUGGCCGUCUUCCCAUCAGUGACAUGGCGUACAUCUGCAAAGAAUGCCCAAUGCUGAAAAUCACUUGGCAGCCAGAAUGCGACUCGAAUUUUAUCCGCAAAUUUAUUUUGAUGUUACAUGAGACAAUGUUGCGAUCGAAUAGGUAAACUGUUAAAAGUCCUUGAUUUUUGUACUGAGCUGUAUAUAUUGGACACUUGUAAAAGUAAAUGGUGCGUGGAGAUUAUGCCUUUAUUUGAUUCUCAACUGUAUUAAGCUUCCGCC